AUGGGCCUGUUGCAAAAGAUUGUUCGCAAUGAGACGACGAGAAACGACCCUCCCGAGAUAUACAACGCUCGCGUCAUUCUCGUCAGUUUAGUGGUAACUUGCGGCGGUGCCCUCCUCUUCGGCAUGGAUAUGGGCAUUAUCGGAGGUGUAUUGACCAUGGACACGUUCAAGAAGCAAUAUUGCCUUGAGAACCAGCCCAAGGCCGUGCUGGCCAACCUGGAGUCCAACAUCGUUUCCGUCAUGCAAGCGGGAGCUUUUGCGGGUGCCUUGUUCUCGACAUGGCUUGCCAACAGAGUUGGUCGACUAUUCUCUCUCUUAAUCGCUUCGCUACUGGUCUUCAUCGGCGUGGCACUCCAGGCAGCUGCUAGUGGACAUAUCGAGGCCAUGUACGUGGGCAGACUCAUUGCCGGAUUCGCCAUUGGAAUUGCUUCAUCUGCCAACCCGCUUUACGUCUCCGAGAACGCACCGCGAGGUAUCAGAGGUCUCCUCACUGGACUCUACCAGCUCAGUAUUGUGACUGGGUUGACGCUUGCAUUCUGGAUCAACUAUGGCUCUCUCCUCCACAUCAAGGGCCACACACAGUACAUCCUUCCACUGUCACUGCAAGCAUUUCCAGCUGUCAUCCUCUCCAUCGGCAUGCUUCUCAUAAACGAAUCUCCCCGUUUCCUCGCCCAAAGAUCUCCUGAUAAAGCUCUAGCCGUUCUAGCAAAGCUCCGACAUCUCCCGGCUAAUCAUCCAUACAUUCAACAGGAGAUGGAGGGCAUCUCCCGCCAGCUUGAGGAAGAGAGGGCCCUGUCCCGUAACGCCAACCACUUCACCCUCCUGAAGGAAGCCUUCACCAUCAAGUCUUACCGUAGACGUAGUAUGCUCUGCAUCACUCUAAUGAUGUGGAGUAACCUAACGGGCACUAACGCAAUGACAUAUUACAGUCCACGGAUCUUUGCCAGUGUUGGGUUGACAGGAUCUUCGACCGGCCUCUUUGCGACUGGCGUGUACGGCAUCAGUCUGUUGUGGACUGGGAUCGUCCAGGGCAUCGCUCUCUUCUACGUUGGCUUCUACAUCCGCUUUGAUCCGCCCAUCACCGGUGAGCUCGUCACCGCUCCGGGAUACGUCGCUCUAGUAGCCAUCUACAUAUUUGCUGCCACCUACCAGUUUGGAUGGGGCCCUGUCGUCUGGACCUACAGCUCCGAGAUCCCUCCCGCUCGUCUCCGCGCCGUCAUGAUGGGCAUGGCCACAGCAAGUCAGUGGCUUUUCAACUUUGUUGUCGCCAAAGCUACGCCAAGCAUGUUUGCUACGCUUGGUGAAGGCGGGUUCGGAACGUACUUUGUUUACGGCACUUUUUGCUUCAUCAUGGUUGUGUUUGCGUAG